AUAAAUAAAAAAACUGAUAGUUUCGCUUGCCUCGAAAGUGGUGAACAGCAAUCCAACUGCCGUGGUCAGCCCUUAGCUUCCCUGCAACCAUGUUUGGAUUCACCAAAUUAUUGCCAUAAUAAAACUCCGAUUCUUUAGGCUUCCAGCGGCAGCUGACGCCUAAAUUAUUUUUGGCAUGGGUCUUCCUGAAGUGGUCGAUGUUGCCCGCAAUUAUGCCGUCAUGGUCAGAAUUCAAGGCCCGGACCCAAAAGGCCUAAAAAUGCGAAAACAUGCUUUCCACUUGUACAAUUCUGGGAAGACGACACUAUCAGCAUCUGGGAUGCUUUUGCCCAGUUCCUUUGUUAAUGCUUCAGUGUCUAAGCAGAUUCAAGGUGAAAGCAAGUUGCACUCUUUUGGAGGUCACUUCUUGGUUUUAACUGUUGCUUCUGUUAUUGAGCCUUUUGUUGUACAACAGGAUAGAGGGGACAUAUCAAAGGAUAAGCCGGAGCUGAUUCCUGGUGCUCAAAUUGAUAUACUGCGGGAGGGAGGAAAUACAUUGCAGAAUGAUAUCAAAGUGACUAACAAAGAGGGUUUGAACUGGCUACCUGCAGAACUCCUAAGAGUGGUUGACAUCCCUGUGUCAUCUGCUGCUGUCCAGUCCCUAGUUGAAGGUUCGUCUAGUUCAAUUGAACAUGGGUGGGAGGUUGGUUGGUCCCUAGCUGCCUAUGGAAAUUCCCGUCAAUCAUUUACUAACACUAAGCGCACACAGGUUGAGCAAAUUUCUUUCCCAAGUCAAACUCCAAUGAUGGAGGCGCAGUCAAGCCUGCCAAGUGUGAUAGGAACAUCAACUACAAGAAUUGCUCUUCUCAGAGUUUCUUCAAAUCCAUAUGAGGACCUGCCUAAAUUAAAAAUGUCUACCUGGAGUAGGAGAGGUGAUCUUCUUCUGGGUAUGGGUUCUCCUUUCGGCAUCUUGUCUCCCAGUCACUUUUUCAACAGCAUAUCAGUUGGGUCCAUUGCAAACAGCUAUCCACCUAGUCCAAAGAAUAAAGCACUGUUGAUUGCUGACAUCCGUUGUCUCCCUGGAAUGGAGGGUAGCCCAGUGUUAGGGGAACAUGCAGAGCUUAUUGGUGUUCUGUCUCGGCCACUCAGACAAAGGGCUACUGCUGCUGAAAUUCAGAUGGUGAUUCCAUGGGAAGCUAUUACAUCUGCUUGUGGUAGCCUGCUUAAAGAAGAGCUACAAACUAGGAGAAAGAUCCAUUUUGAUAAUGGAAACCUAAUCAGUGUUAAAAAAGAAUCACCCUCCAAUAAUAUUCGGGAUGGACCUGCCAAUGAUACUCUAGAGCAUCUCCUAAUAGGUCAUGUUCCCCCGUCCUUGAUUGAGAAGGCAAUGACAUCUAUCUGUCUUAUCACUGUUGAUGAUGGAGCAUGGGCUUCUGGAGUUUUGCUCAACAAGCAGGGUCUUCUUCUUACAAAUGCUCAUCUUCUAGAGCCAUGGAGAUUUGGAAAAACAUCUGUAAAUGGUUCAGGAUAUAACACCAAAUCUGAUGUAGUUCUCAUCCCUUCUGAUCAAUCUGAACAUCCAGGGGCUGAGAAAUUUGACAUUCAGCGUAUGAAUAAACAUUUGAUUCAAAAGGAACUAAGAACUCCGCAUUUCUUGGUUGACAAUGAGCAGGGUAGCUUUAGAGUUAACCUGGCAAACACAGGCAGUAGGACCAUUCGUGUUCGCUUGGAUUUUAUGGAUCCCUGGGUAUGGACAAAUGCAAAGGUGGUUCAUGUCUCCAGAGGACCUCUGGAUGUUGCAUUACUACAACUUGAGCUAGUUCCAGAUCAGCUCUGUCCCAUUACUGCUGACUUCAUCUGCCCAUCCCCUGGAUCAAAAGCAUACAUUCUAGGACAUGGGCUAUUUGGACCACGAUGUGACUUCCUUCCAUCUGCUUGUGUGGGUGCAAUAGCUAAGGUAGUUGAAGCAAAGCGGCCUCUGCUCAACCAAUCAAGUUUAGGAGGACAUUUUCCGGCAAUGCUUGAAACAACGGCUGCUGUACACCCUGGUGGUAGUGGUGGAGCUGUUGUUAAUUCAGAAGGACACAUGAUUGCCCUUGUGACAAGUAAUGCUAGACAUGGUGGAGGGACGGUCAUUCCACAUUUGAACUUCAGCAUUCCAUGUGCAGCUUUAGAGCCCAUCUUCAAGUUUGCUGAAGACAUGGAGGAUCUAUCACCGUUAGAAUAUCUUGACAAACCAGAUGAACAGCUUUCUUCUGUGUGGGCAUUAACUCCGCCUUUAUCUUCCAAGCAAACUCCCUCUAUGCUUCAUCUGCCAAUGCUUCCUCGAGGAGAUACUGACAGUGAUACAAAGGGUUCUAAAUUUGCAAAGUUUAUAGCUGACAGUGAGGCGAUGCUGAAGAGUGCAACUCAACUUGGCAAGGUUGAACGUCUUUCAAAUAAACUCCUGCACAGUAAGUUAUGAUAGCGUACCCAUUGGUCUCACAAGCAAGUCAGAUAGCAAUAAGGCGCUACAACACUGAUGCUUCAAACGCCCAUGACUACGAAAGGAUCACCAAGGACUGGAGCCAUGUAUCAUAGAAGCAUCAUCCGAAGCUGGGAUUGUAUACCAAGAUUCUUCGUUGUCAUAAAUGUUAGUUGCCUGAAUGUGCAACCAGGGGUGAAGACGAACUUGUGAUGAAUAAGUGAAAUAGAUUAUAGCCAUACUUGUACAAUAAAUGUCAACUGUACGCAUUUGAUCUUGAGGAUUUAUUCUUUUAUGUAUAAAUUUUUGGUGGAGGGGUGUAUUUGCAUUUGGUUUA